UAAACUUAAACUCUCCAAACUGUCGUUUGUGCAACUAUUCUUGAACGAUUCAAAAGUAAAUAAAAGGAAGUUUUGCAAAGAAAAUUGUUAAAAUAAAUUAAAUAAUUACAUAGAAUAACUUUUUUUCUGUAAAACAGAUCAGUAACACCUACACGAGAUUUCUACAAGUGUUUUCAUUUUCUAAAUCUAAAAAUAACAAAGCGCUCUAAACUCAACAGCAAUUUAGCGAGUACAUAGUAAAUACAGUGAUGCCGAAGAAGUACGAGUUGGUUUAUUUUGACGGUCGGGGACGGGGCGAAAAUAGUCGACUUCUGUUCACGGUCGCUGGAGUUUCAUUUACGGAUACGAGGGUAACUGUUGAGGACUGGCCGAAGCUAAAACCAGAGACCCCCCAGGGUACACUGCCUUACCUCGUUAUAGAUGGAAAACUUAAACUGGGACAGAGUCUGGCAAUAGCGAGGUAUCUGGCCAGGGAAUUUAAGUUAUAUGGAGAAGAUAAACUCCAAAUGGCAUUCGUUGACGAGCUUCUUGAGAUCUCUGUGGACCUUGGGGCACAAUAUGAAAAGGCUUUCUUUGCACAGGAUGAGGCUCAAAAGCCCGAGUUAAUCCGAAAAUUUAAAGAGGAGCAGAUUCCAAAGUAUUUCCGGCUUCUUAACGAAGGCAUCGCGGCAAGGGGCAAAAACGGAUUCGCCGUCGGCUCCAAUCUGACUUUAGCAGACCUGGCAAUUUACAACAUAACUGAAUCCUCAGGCCUGGAAAGUAUCGGUGACUACAGCUUCCUGAAGGCAAACAGAGAUAAGAUUGAACAAGUGGACAGCAUUGCUAAGUACCUCAACACCAGACCAAUUACGCCUUUUUAAAUGUCAAUCGCUCUAUAUAACACAUUUGUUGAUUAAUCGUAUUCACACUCUUGCUUGUAUGAAUAAAAUCAAGUACCAUCUUAAUGUGUGUGUGAUUUUUGCAUUAUAAUGUUGUUUUUUUUUUUCAAAAUGCCGUUAACACUAACAUUGGCAACCUUAAAGUUUCUUCUGUUCAAAAAUAAUUCCUCACGUUGCAAAACACUGUUUUGUUAGAUGAACAUAUUACCACCUCCGUGGAUGAAGUAAACACUAUAAGAAAUAAACAAGAAUGCUAUAUAAGCUAGCAUUAUUGUGUAUUGCAAUGCUUUUUGUGUUUUUGUUUCCAUACGAGAUAGGGUUUAAUAUAUAUAAGUAAAACAAAAAAGUCUAAGUGUGUAGGUGACCGAUGACCGUACAUGUACCAAAAACUGAAACGCGAACAUUAUGUCAUCCUGUAAGUACAUGAUCAUUGGUACGAAGAUAAAAUUCAACCUGUAGACAUGUGGCCAGUUGAACAUGAAUAAAAACAGAUCAGUCUUAUUUUCACUGAGAGCUAUAUUUUAUU